GCAGUGUUGCUGCCUUUCCAUAGUUUCAAACGAACUUGAGUAACUGCUGCCGAUGCCGACGACACUCCGAGACGCGGUGCACUCGAUGCUCGCCAACAAGCGCAAGCGGCUGCUGCUCAUGGCGCUCAUCACGCUCUUGGCCUUGUGCAUUGUCGUCGCUGCGAUCGUCGGCAGCGUCUCGGCAGGGCCAUCGUCGGCGCCGAGCACCAUCGCAGCCGACACGGCCGGCGGCGACAUGACCACAUACACUGCGCGACCCGUAGCAUCACCGACACCGGUAGAGACAUCGACGGAUGACAACAGCGCCACGGCGGUGCCCAGAGAGAAAUCAGGUGCGGGUUCAGCGAGCGCCGGGGGCGGCUCGGCGCUCCUACCGACGCCGACGACGUUGGCUCCGACGACCGCGCCGCCGCAGCCCCGCGUCUGCAGUGCGAACGAUGCGACGACCGCAUGUUACGUGCCGCCGGCGAGCAAGGAAUACUGUCGUCUCGACACCGGCCUCGACACCCGAUUGCAGUACGUCAACUGCCCCGCAGCCUCGAAUGCCAACGCGGGCUUUGCAAUGGACGAAGCCUGCGGCAGUGGCAUGCGCUGCCCGUAUGCGUGCGCACUGCCGUACCUCCCGUCAUCCAAUGGCUGGUCGUCGUCCGACUGCCUUCCGUUCACGUCGCUCUGCCCGCCGAGCUCGCCAGCGACCGCGCGCGGCGGUCUCUUCUGUGCCAACGGCACCGUCGUCGUCGACGCGCCGUCACAGCCGCUGUGCGUCUCGGGCCUCAACACGUCGUUCAUCAAGAGCUACUUGCCCAAGCCGAUUGCGACGUGCAAGGUCAUUGCGCCGGGCAAUGGCGCGCCCAUGGUCGGCGUCGACACGGCGCCGGGCCGUAUUUCGCAGCUCGCGUCGCACCCGCAGUGGUUUUGGCGCGGCCAGCCGGCCAAGUACUACACGCUACUACCGGGUGUCGCCAGCAGCGUCGGGUGCCAGCGCAACUACGACCGGUUCAGUCUGAACGCAGCGGGAAUCGAUACGAUGCCGUAUACGCUCGGCGCUGGGAGCCUUCCCGGGUCGCCCUGCGCCGAGUGCGCGCAGCAUACGCUCAACUUUGGCGAGCACUUUGACUCGACCAAGCCGUACUCGGGGUUUCCCGGCUAUGGCGUCCGCGUCCGCAACUGCAACGACGCCGGGUGCGGCGACGUCCAGUGCGACGCCACGUACGUGCUCGACGCCGCGACCGGGCUCCUCGAAGCCUACUGGGUCAAGUACAAUGCCGUGUUUGGUCCAACCUCGGUCGGCUGCAUGGCGACGACGGUCGUUGGCUACGGCUGGGCGCCCACGGACGGCACGGCCAAGUACACGCUCUACGAGUACUACCCCGUGACGAUCACCGGCCAGCAAGACCCAGCGUGCACAAACUGCUCGCUGCCGUCGACCUUUGUGCCGUCGGCGUGCGGGCGCAUCCGCGCCAACACGCCGCCCCGGUUUGGGACCGGGUACAACCCGGCUGUCCACAUCUGCACACCGGUGGGCGCGGCGAUAGGACUCCAAAACACCAUCUCGUUCUUGAGCGUCAAGCCGACUUUGUCGGACGAGCAGGUAUCGGCUGCUGUCAUCAUCGAGAUUGCGGCCGCAACUAUCUUGGGCUUGCUCGUGGUCGGGCUCGUGGCACGCGCGCGGUAUUUGCAGCUCCAUGACGCCAAGACGCCCGCGGUGCCGGACGCCGACCAUCCGUGCCCGACCCUCGGUGACGACGACGCGCCCGUGCUGCAGACGCCCGACCGCCGGGGCAGCGCCGUCGCCACGCAGUUCCACGCCCGCGCGAGCAUGACGAGUAGCGCACCGGGCUUUGCGUUGCAGUAACCGAGAGCGUUGCUGCGUGCGUCGGAGGAUGCGAAUGACAAUGAAAGAGAAAGUGUGUAUGAGCA